AUGUUGGAUUCAACAAAUGAGUUGGUUAAGUGUUAUAGAAUGGCAAGAGAUUGUUUUAAUGCAAGUCCUAAUAUAGAUCUAAAGUUACGUCUUAUAGGAAGAAGACAACAUGAUGGAAGGACAUAUAACCUACCUACCGCUUCUGAGGUUGCUGCUUUAAUUGUUGGUGACAUUGGUAAUUCAAUUGAUAAUAGAGAUAUCAUCGUAAAAACUAAAUCAGGCAGUCUACAACGUAUAAAUGAAUUGCAUCCUGCUUACCUUGCUCUUCAAUACCCACUGCUCUUUCCUUAUGGGGAUGAUGGAUAUCGAGUUGACAUCCCUCAUAGAGGUGUUACGUGUUCAACGAAUAACAAACGAUGUAACUGUACAAUGAGAGAAUUCUUUUCUUAUAGGAUUCAAGACAGAGUUAAUAUUUUCUCAUUAAUUCUGAAUUCAAGAAGGCUUUUUCAACAAUUUCUGGUUGAUGCUUAUACGAUGAUUGAAAGCGAGAGGCUGUAUUACAUACGAAACCAACAAAAAGUUCUUCGAUGCGAGUCCUAUGAAACAUUACGCAGCGUGAAAAACAAUGGAAAUACAGAUAUUUCGAAUAUUGGACAGCGUGUGAUAUUGCCUUCUUCUUUUACUGGUGGUGCACGCUACAUGAUGCAAAACUAUUUAGAUGCCAUGUCACUUUGUAAGUGGUUUGGCUACCCAGAUUAUUUCAUAACUGUAACAUGCAAUCCAAAGUGGCCCGAGAUUCAAAGGUUUAUUGCUGACACAAACCUCAAACCCGAAGACAGACCAGAUAUCCUAUCUAGGUUGUUCAAAAUGAAGCUAGAUUCAUUGAUUAAAGACUUAAAGAAAAAUUCAUUAUUGGGUUCGGUCGAAGCAGCUGUUUAUACGGUGGAGUUUCAAAAGCGCGGCCUACCUCAUGCUCAUAUAUGUCUAUUCAUGCACUCUGAUUACAAGCUCCCAACCGUUGAACAUAUUGAUCGUGUUAUUUCUGCUGAAAUUCCAAACAAAGACGACGAUCCAGAAUUGUAUGCACUUGUCAGCGAGUUCAUGAUGCAUGGUCCUUGUGGUAGUGAUAAUCCUAAAUGCCCAUGCAUGAUUGAUAACAAGUGUUCAAAAAACUUCCCAAAGACAUUCACAGAGCAUACUUCGGUUGAUGAAAAUGGUUAUCCAAUAUAUAAGAGACGUAAUGAUGGAUCUUUUGUUGAAAAGUCUGGUGUUAAGUUAGACAAUAGAAGUGUGGUUCCAUAUCACAAACUGCUUUUGAAAAGAUACCAAGCUCACAUUAAUGUUGAGUGGUGCAAUCAGGGUGCUUCCAUCAAAUAUUUGUUCAAAUAUAUUAACAAGGGUCCUGAUAGGGCUACUGUUGCGGUUGUACCAAACAACAACGCAGAUGAUAAUGACGAUGUAGUUGACGAAAUAAAAAACUACUACGAUUGUAGAUAUUUGUCUGCAUGUGAAGCUUCGUGGCGUAUAUUCAAAUUUGAUGUUCAUUUCAGGACUCCUUCUGUUGUGAGGCUUCCUUUUCAUCUUCCUGGACAACAAAAUGUUGUAUACGGUGCUGACGAUGAUAUUGAAGAUGUCCUCAAUAAACAGUCUGUUUCUUCUUCGAUGUUCUUAGCUUGGAUGGAGUGUAAUGAACAUAAUAAGGAAGCACGUAAGCUUUCUUAUGUUGAAUUUCCUACCAAGUUUGUUUGGAAAUUGAAGGAUCGUUGUUGGAAGCCAAGAGAAAAAGGAUUUUCUAUCGGUCGAAUUCACACCGUCUCUCCUAAUGUUGGUGAAGCAUAUUUUUUGAGAAUCCUUUUAAAUAAAGUCAAAGGUCCGAAAUGUUUUGCAGACAUUCGUACGGUUAAUGGACAUGUGUGUGCUACUUUUAGAGAGGCGUGUUAUGCUCUUGGACUUUUGGAAGAUGAUAGGGAAUAUAUUGAUGCAAUUGAGGAAGCAAGUCAUUCAGGUUCUGGAUAUUAUUUGCGUUAUCUAUUUGCAACUAUGCUGAAGUCUAAUAGUUUGUCGAGACCGUACUUUGUCUGGGAAAAAACUUGGCAAUACUUAUCAGAUGGAAUUCUCUACAAUCAACAACUAAGAUUAAAGGCACCAGGUUUAUCGCUUGAUGAGGAUCAAGUUAAGAACUUGACACUUUAUGAGAUUGAAAAAAUUUUACUCCAAAACAAUUCAAGCCUCAAAGAUUUUGAUGGGAUGCCUUACCCUGAUCAUGAGUCUAUAUCUUCUUCAAAUAAUCGAUUGAUUACGGAGGAGCUAGAUUUUGACAGGACGACUCUAUUACAAGAGUUUUAUCAGCUACUUGGUUCAUUAACAGAUGAACAAAGAGGUGUUUUCGACGAUAUUAUCACAAAUGUUAAACAAAAGAAAGGAGGCGUCUUUUUUGUUUACGGUUACGGAGGUACAGGGAAAACAUUUCUCUGGAAAACAUUAUCCGCUGCUUUAAGAUCGGAGGGUGAAAUCGUGUUAAAUGUUGAUUCACGUGGUAUUGCUUCAUUAUUAUUGACAGGAGGUAGGACAGCAGAGUUUAUAAUCCCUUUAAAUAUUACCAAGGAUUCGUUUUGUUCUAUAACCCCGAAAGUGAUGUUGUUGAAUUGUUAA